CCGUUUUGGCAAAACCCUGAGGCUUGCUGCUGCUCCGCCUCACCGCCGCGCGAACCCAGCCACGCCGCCGCCGCCAUGAGAGGCCGCAGUAGCCACCGCGGGACGGCCAAUCACACCUCCGCUGCCGCCUCGACUUCCAGCAAUCGCGAGCCCGAAGACGUGUCCGAUGCAGCCUCAGAGGAAUCGGGCGACGAGGAGGUGGAAGUCUCCUCGUCGUCUGGAUCGGAGUCGGAGGGCGACGACUACGCGGAGCGGGAGCGGAAGCUGGAGCGCGUGCUCGCCGACGUGCCUUUCGGGGAGCUGCAGCGCGCGCGUGCUGACGGCUCGCUCGCCGCGCGGAGUGUUUCUGCUGCCGCGGCGCAGAAGAAGGCCCGCAGGGAAAGCAGGAAGAGACCCAUGGAGAUAAGUACUAAUGUGCGGCCGCCAAGGUUCAGGGAGGUGAUACAGGUUCCGAAGAAGGUUUUAAGGGAUCCAAGAUUCGAACCUGUAUAUGGAGCUGUUGACAAAGAAGGGUUUAGGAAAAGAUACAAUUUCUUAUUUGAUGAGGAACUCCCCGCAGAAAAAGAGAAACUCCAAAAGUCGAUUAAGAAGUUGAAGGACCCUAAUGCCAUUGAAGAAAUGAAGAGUCAUAUCACCUGGAUUGAUAAGCAGUUGAGAUCUAAUCCUCAGAAGAACGUUGAAUCGGAAAUUCUGCGUGGACAUAUUAAGAAAGAGAGAGAAGCAGCAAAGACUGGAAAACGACCAUAUUAUCUGAAGAAAUCUGAAAUUCGUGAAAGGAAGUUGGUGGAUAAGUACAAUGAGCUCAAGGAGGCCGGAAAGCUCGAUGCUUUCAUUGAGAAGCGACGGAAGAAGAAUGCAUCCAAGGAUCAUCGCUACAUGCCAUACCGAAGAGAUGCUGGGGGUGCAUAGCAGUGUCCUUUAAGUUACUUUUAGGGUGAUUCUGGGCUGAUCUUUUCUCCGCUCACUGAGUUUAUCAGCACUAUCUGCUAUCCUGUUAUCCCAGUUAUUCGUUAGCAACCAUGAGUAAAAGUUAUCGAUAGACCAUGAUUUAUAGUUGAGCUAUGGUUGCUGGCAGCUACAAGCUACUGUAAACUCAAAUCAGUGAUAUAAUAUUUUGUUUCAUUUACUGCUUUCA